GGUACCCGUCCGUUGAAGAAAGGAAAGCCCACGAUGACUCACUUCAAAUAACUUGAAACUGACCAAAUCAUGUCAAUAAAUGGCAUACUUAAAAAAUAACUACAACUAACAAAUGAAAAUAAAGCUUCUGCAGCUGUGGUGAAAGCGCUAUAAAAUAGAGCCUCGAGCCUGCGCCUUAGCAACUGCGACGGUGGAGUUUGUCGGCAAGUCAUGUUGGACUUUAGCAAGUGGCCUCUGCUCCUGUUGUUGAGCACCGAGGAGCUUGCCACAAUCCAACAGGCCUGUGUCUUUGGAGCAUCUGCGAAUGAGGCCAUCUACAUCACAAACGACAACAAGGUAUUUGUGUUCGGCUUGAACUGCAGCAGCUGCCUGGGAACAGGAGAUGGUAUAAGCACCAUUGUGCCAAAGCAACUGAGCUGCUUGGCGGGGAAGAAGGUGGUUAGCCUGAGCUACGGCAGUGGGCCACACAUCCUGCUGGCAACAGAGGAUGGGAAGCUAUUUGCUUGUGGGCACAAUGGUUUCUGCCAGCUGGGGAUCGGGACGGCCAACCAGGAGCUGUCCCAGGUGCUGGUCACUGCCAACAUUCAGAACAAGAAGGUAAAAGAGGUGGCGUGUGGUGCACAUCACUCCAUGGUCCUUACACAGGAUGGAGAGGUCUUUGCUUGGGGUUUUAAUGACUACGGCCAGGUGGGUUCAGGUUCCGUAGCCGUCCAAGCUUUCCCCUUGAAGGUGGGCGGCUCGUUGCAGGGUAAAACCGUGAUGGGUAUCACAUGUGGACAGUCCUCCUCCAUGGCUCUGCUGGACAACGGAGAGAUUCAUGGGUGGGGCUACAAUGGCAACGGGCAGCUGGGUGUAGGCAACAACAGAAACGAGCUGAUGCCUCGUCGCCUCUCUGCUCUGCAAGAUUCCUCUAUAAAGCAGGUGGUGUCAGGCUUCGGCCACUCCCUCGCGGUAACGGAUAAAGGACUGCUCUUUUCAUGGGGCGCAAACACAUUCGGCCAGCUGGGAACUGGAGACAAGAACAACUGCUUUAGCCCUGUGCAAGUUAUGGCCGAUGAAGAGAGGUUUGUAGAGGUGGCAGCAUGCCAUUCGACCAACAUUUCAGCGGCCAAGACGCAGAGUGGCCAGGUGUACAUGUGGGGUCAAUGUCGGGGUCAAGCAGUUGUCACGCCACGCCUCACCUACUUCACCAACACAGACGAUGUGUUUGCCUGUUUCGCUUCACCACCGGUCAUGUGGAGACUGGUGUCUGUUGAGCAAAAUGACUUCCUGACAGUUGCAGAGGCACUGAGGAAAGAAUUUGACAGUCCAGAAACGGCAGACCUCAAGUUUAACGUUGAAGGCAAAUGCAUCCAUGUUCACAAAGCGGUGCUGAAGAUCAGGUGUGAGCAUUUCCGCUCUAUGUUCCGCUCCCAGUGGGUGGAAGGUCGUCAGGAAGUGAUUGAGAUCAACCAAUUCUCGUAUGCCAUCUACCGUUCCUUCCUGCAGUUCCUCUACACAGACACUGUUGACCUUCCACCUGAAGAUGCCAUUGGCCUGCUGGACUUGGCCACCUCCUACUGUGAGAACCGCCUAAAGCAUCUGUGUCAGCAGAUCAUCAAAAGAGGAAUCACGGUCAAAAAUGCCUUCACCCUGUUUUCUGCUGCCAAACGAUUUGAUGCAGAGGACCUGGAGGAGUUUUGCUUCAGAUUUUGUAUUAACCAUCUGACUCAGGUGACUCAGACACCAACCUUCAGUCAAGUUGACGGAAACAUGCUGAAAGGGUUCAUCAUCAGAGCAAGCUAUUGUGGAGCCUUCAGGUACUAGGUUGUUCUCCCAGUUGUUUUGUUUUGUUUUUUUAAUGCUGGAUGAGCCGCCCAGUGGCACUUGAGAUGUGUGCAGGACUUUUAUGCGGACCACAGUCUGCCAGUCGGACCUUUUGUCUUGGCCAAGAAACCCAAACAUUUAUUUUACACUUGUGUCAGUGUAUGGGAUCACUUCUGAUAUGGGAUAUGUUUUUAAACUUCGAUUUUUAAUCAAACAUUACGCUGUUUAAAGCAUUUAGCCCAGAACACAUGACUGCUGUAGUGGAAUUUCAAUGUUGUUUCUCUUUGCACCAAAAUAAGUAUUUGAUGUAUGUUAUGAAGCUUUAAACCUCCACUUGGCAAAAAUAAGUGACUUUUUUCCCCUAGCUUGUCUUCUGGUAGUUCUUGUCGACCCCAAUUUGAGUCAAAAUCAAGUCCUCUAAUGUUUAAAAGCUGUGAAAGACUAUUAGGGUACUGAAUGGCAAAUACAGGAUUAAAUCAGUCAUUUUUGUAAUUUCUAUAUUUUGAGUAAAAGACUGUUUUGUUGUGAUUAAAAAUGCAUGUUUGAAGGAAAAGUUAUGUAUUUGAGAAAAGAAAAAGGUUCCUAUUUGACAAUGGUGAAAUUCGUACAUUUGAUGCAUAAACCAUGCAAGGGACUUGCUUUGACGACCCCCUGAUAGGACAAACUCAAGUUAUAAUUUUUUAAAGGUACAAUAUUAUGAGUAGUUGGAAUUCAAGUAAUGCUACAUAUGAGGAGUAGCAAGGGGAGGCAGUUAGUAUUGUGUCUCUACACUGUGGCAGGCAGAACUACAUUGGUCUCGCUGUGAGAGCACAAAAGUUUACGUUCUUCUUCUGGACAGAUACCUGGCUCGUUGCCUCAUAAGCAUACUGUUUAACCAUACAUGUCUACAACUCAGCUAAGUGUCUUCAUCUUUUUGGUCGAAAAGGAUUUGAUCCAGACUGUACCGCAGGUGACAAAAUUGGAAAGAUUAUCCAUACCUGAGCAUUAAAAAGAUUCAAAACAUUCAUCUGGACUCGGACUUAUCAAGGAAGACUUUCUUGACCGGCAAUAUUUUUUUAAUGGGAAGGAGAGCAACGAAAAAUAAUACAAUUUAGAAAUAAUUUUAAUAUUAAGCAAACGAGCAAA